AUGUCUGCCACAUCCGCGCCUUUCCAAGCUCCACAGCUCGGAAACCGGCCGUCAAACUCGCAGCGGCAAUAUAAGCGAUCGUACAUGGCCUGUAUACGAUGCCGCCAGACCAAAGCUAAAUGCGAGAUCUCCCCGGAGUCUGCCGCGUGUGUGAAGUGUCUGCGCGAACGGCGCGAAUGCGUCUUCACCGCUGAGAGAUCGACUAAGAAACGGAAGUUCAGCUUCCUUGAUGGCAACUCGCUACAGUCAGGUCAGCAUCAGCAUCAGCAUCAGCACCAGCAUUCAAACAGCACGACCAGCGUCUCCUCGCCUGUGAAGCAGGAAGUCGUGUCUCAGGUAGCGCGAGCAAACGGCAAUCACCGGCCUGAUCAUCAGCCUCGCGGCGGCACUGCCUCCGAAGCCUACGAAACUGACGUUGUUCACACUGUGGUAUCGAGCUCACACGAUGCGCUCGGCUUGCUGUUCAAGGCUGUUGAACAGCAAGAAGCGGACGAUGGACGAGCCCGCUCCGCCCCCGACUCGAAUGGUGACGACUCUCCCGCAACCAUCUCCUCUAUCCGUGGCUUACCCAUCACUCCGUCCAACUUGAUCGCAUCUGCGCCGGGCGUCUUGUCGUUAUGGAAGCAGCAUCGCUUUGUGAAGCAAGGCUGGCUUUCGCCCUCCGAAGCUGCUAGCUACGUCGAACUCUUCUUCCGUAAUGUAGCUAUCCUCUCACCUCUGGCAUCUGCAUUGUCAGAGGAAGCCUGCAGACAGCGGACUUUCAUCCUUGGGGAACCAUUGCUCUGUACCACGAUCCUGCUGAUCUCGACCCGUUACCAUGUACUCCACGGCAUGAGCGGUGCGUCUCGAGCCGAUUUUCUCCACAAAAGACUGUGGAACGUCGCUCAGUCACUAGUUCAGCGCAUCACCUUUGGUCAGGACAAGUUUCCGUCUUCUUCUCGCUCUCUCGGGAGUAUCAAGGCACUGCUGCUGUUGACCGAAUGGUUUCCAAGAGCGCUCCACUUUCCGCCUGAGAGCGAAGGCUGGGAUGCUAGCUUGGCCUCAGAUGUGGAUGAGAGCGAACCUCAGAUGAAUGAACAAGAUUCCGCCGAGCAAGUACGCUGGAGAGAAGAAGUCUAUGAGCCGGCACAACGCUCCGACCGUAUGAGCUGGAUGCUACUCGGACUUGCCGCUACCCUCGCGCAUGAGCUUGGCAUAUUUGAGGAGUCGCCUGACGGUGACCCGUACGAAAUCUCGCCCUUAGUGAGAGUACAGACCCGGAGGCUAUUGUUCCUGUACGUCUCGCAGCUGUCAUUGCGUCUGGGCUGCAGUAGCCUGUUGCCUCAAGGUAUCACCAUGUCGUUGACUUACCCAUCUGCUGCUUGGCAAGACCCGAUCUCACAGGAUUGGGACCGGCUGGUGUCAUUGUGGAUUGAUAUAACCAAGCUACGAAAGGCGACUACCGAGAUGUGCUUUCCAAGCAAGUCAUCCACACGUAACUUGAUGGGCUCCGGCAGGUACAGCGGCAUUCUGGACCACUUCCGGCCACUCUUCGCCGAGUGGCACAAGCGUUACACCGAUUUCAACCCGCGGGCUCUACCCAACUCGUCGAAGCUAAUGGUCUUUCUCGACUACUCGUAUGUUCGCAUGUACACCAACUCAUUGGCUAUCCAAGCUGUGGUGGAACGAGCGAAGACUAAGAUGCCGGUCACUGCGCUAGACUACGACUUUCUCAAGAAGGAAAAUCACCAUGACUAUCUCUUCAUUCAAGAGGUCGUAGACGCUAGCCGCAGCGUGCUUCAAAUUGCGGUGGAUUUGGCGGAGGCUGAUAUCCUGAGAUUCUGUCCUGCUCGAGUGUUUAUUAGCAUCACCUCGGCGUCAGUCUUUCUCCUCAAAGCCAUCAGUCUUGGAACCAGAAGGUCUGAUCUGCAGAUAUCUCUGGAAGUUCUUGACAAGUGCAUCUAUGCGCUCAAGACGAACAUAUGCGACGACAUACACUUAUCAUCACGCUAUGGGCUACUCUUGGAGCGUCAUGUUCGCCGCUUCCGGCACAAUUUCCGGGUGCAAAAAGACUUCGCACCAUCCACCCCUGUUGCGUCUGGCCGCCGACCAUCUAUUAUGGAAGUACCCCCUGCGACACCUCAGAACCAACAGGAUCAAAGUCAAGUCCAACCCAAUGCAACAGGAGCGCCGCCAGUAGGUGUGAUACAUUUUGAUGAAGCAGACAUGCAAAACGGCUUUCCAACGGACAUGGACGACUGGCUUGCGCAGCCGUUCGAUGCUUCAUUUGCGCCCUUUGGUGCUGAUGUUGACCAGGGCUUUACAGGCCUUGACCUGGGAUCGCUGGAUUUCCUCUGGAAUUUGCCCCCUUCAACCUGA